UUAAUAGUGUUUAUUUACGUUUGAAGGUUGGUGUUUUAUAUUGGUGAAGCUUUGCGAAUUAUUAAAAAUGGAUCGUUUGUCGGAAAUGUCGGAACAAAGGAGAAUUAUUGAAGAAAAGAAACAAGAAAUUUUAAGAAAAAUAGCUGAAAAGAAGCGCAAGAAAGAAGAUCAAACCAUGACAACAACUACUAAUAUUGUCACGUCCUCCAACAAAAGUUUUCCUGUAAAGAUUCCACGUCUCACUACAACAAAUCAAUUUAAAAAUGAUGGAAGCUUUUUAGACCAGUUUAAAAAAAUGCAGGAAUCUAAUGCUAUGAAAUCUGAUUCCAGUGAGAGUUCGUCCUCUAAAAGUGGAAUUGUUAUGAAAAUUCAAGCUCCAGAAAGCAAGACACUGACUCCCACUCCUAUUCAAAACAAACUAGCUGAUGAUGAAGAAGAAGAUAAAACAAAUGUUUCUUCACCAGAGGAUACAGCCAUACGCAAUGCAGUUGAGAAGGUUGCUAUAUCGGUAGCUGUGAAUGGUGAAAUAGCUGAGGAGAUGGCAAAGAAGGUGAAUGAAUCAGAUCCUGCUUACAGAUUUUUGCAUGAACCUGAAAGUGAAAUCUACAAAUUAUAUCAAAAAAGAGUAUCUGAUUUGGUGGAAGCUCGAAAGAGAGCUGAAGCUGAUGGCCAUCUAAUGACUUUCAGUAACAAAGGUGAAGAUAAUAGAUCGGAAUCUCAAUCUUCAGCAAAGAGAAAAAGAAAAAGUAGAUGGGAACCAGAAAGUUCAAAGGAUGAUGUUAAUGUGAUGCCAAAUUACGUGCAACAAGACCAAGGCUUAAAAUCAUAUGCAUUGCAAGUAUUCGGUUCAACCGAUCUGACUCCAGAACAGUGGAAGCAGUUGGAAGAUCAAAGAAAAAUGCGUCUAUUGUAUGAAAUGAUGCAAUCAAAGCAAAGAGCUGAUCAGCUCCGAAAGCUAACAGGGAAGGUGAAAUAUGAAUAUGAUUCUGAUGAAGAUACAGAUGGAGGAACUUGGGAACAUAAGAAAAGAGCGAAUGAAAUGGAAAAGACUAGAUCUUGGGCUGAUAAAUUGACUGAGCAAGGGAAAGGUAAGCACCACAUAGGAGACUUUCUUCCUCCUGAGGAAUUAGAAAAUUUCCUUGAAAAAUGGGAUGCUGUGAAACAAGGCAGAACUCCUGAUCUUUCGGAUUACAAAGAGUAUAAAAUCACAUCAAGUAAUAUUGGUUAUCAGAUGCUUCAAAAAUUAGGAUGGUCUGAAGGUCAAGGAUUGGGAGCAAAUGGAGGGGGUAUUGUUGAUCCGGUGAAUAAAGGAACAGUUUCUUUUGACAAUGCUGGGUUAGGUCAAAGUAGACCAGAUGACAUUAAGUCUGAUGACGAUGAAUAUGAAGCUUAUCGAAAGAGGAUGAUGUUAGCUUAUAGAUUCAGACCUAAUCCAUUAAAUAAUCCUAGGCGUCCUUAUUAUUAAAGUAAUAUGAAGUAUGCAAUAUUUACAAUUUAAACAGAUACAAAAAACCUCUGUUGGACAAUGCUCCUUAUCUUGCUCAAGAUAUUAUUGAAUCUGAAUUUCCUGUCUCAUAGCCAAAAAAAAUUUGACACAUCAUGCCUAUUAUAACAGUUUUGUAUUUCAAACUUGUUAAUGUAGUAUGUAAAUAAAAUUUUAUUUGAUGCUUA